ACGAGAGCAAUCUCCGAGGAAUUUCUUGAAGAAUCAAGAAUGGCACUUAAUAUUCAAGAGCCUAGUGAUUUUCAGAUUCCUGACGAGUCACCCCAAGAAGAUCUCACUGAGCCCGCCAACAGGUUCUCGAUGCUCCAACUUAAUAACAACAAUCCUUCACCCUCCUCCGCUGUCGCCGCCGGUGGAUGUGGCCACCUCCUCCAUCAUCCUCCAUGCAUUAACUGCGGCUGUCAGGGCUUCAAUCCCAUGAAGCGUCGAUCACCGGAGUCCAAGUUGGAAUCCUCGCGUCCCAAGAAGCCUUCUUGCGAGCAAGAAGACCAGACGCAAGCCGGUGGAUACUCGGCCGUUCCGCUCCCUCUCAGUCUCGAGAACCUCGCUGCCAUUCAGAACAAAAGAUCCGCUCUCCCUGUUUUUCGCCGAUGCUUUUCCGAUCCUUACACUGCGCCUUCGGCCGCCGGCACUGGAGCUCCGUCGACUCCGACUCCUUCGCCAGAGAAUACUCCCUUGGCCUCCCGUUUGCCUCCCAGGCCUCCGAGUCUGAAGCGUUGCGUAUCGGAUCCCAGUUCUUCUCCUGCUAAAACGACUCGUCAGGAUUCUAGUUUGGAGGAUAUGGGAAUGGGAGCGGAUUUGAUCAAGGAAGAGAAUUCGAAUUUAAUGAGAAUGAGAAGAAUGAAAGAUCGGUUGAGAGAGAUGAAGAAAUGGUGGGAUGAGGUUAUGCAGGAGGGGGAAGGGGAGCAAGUCGAUGAGGGCGAUAGAGCCGUGUCUGUCUCUCAAGUUGACGAAGGUGAUAAAGCCGUGUCUGUCUCUCAGGAUGAUUCUGGAACCGAAGAUGGUACAGAAGAAAUUGUGAGUGUAGAGUGGGUUGAGAAGAGCCUGUGCAUCAAUUUCAAAUGUCCUUGUGGUAAGGGAUACCAGAUCCUUCUCUCAGGCAACAAAUGUUUCUACAAGCUUGUGUAAUAGAGAGUUUCAUAUUUGUUCAUAGGAUUUUUUUUUUUGGUCUUUGGCCAGUGUUCAUAUAUAGUAUCAUACAGCUUUCCAUCCCUUUCCACUGACACUGUCAGGGAAUUGAAUGAGACAACUCUGUUCAAAGUUGUGUAAAAUAACAUGGGUGUUGUAUCGAUGGUAUUUUGACUUGUACAGUGGAUAAUUCAAAUGAGGUGAAUAAUGAUGAUAGUUCUUAUUUGGUUGCCAAAA